AUGAGGAAGAGUCGGACAUCAAGGAACAUACGGAUACCAGUGGCCAACCCAAGGAUCCAAAGUACCAAUGCCAGGAAUGCCAACGCCUGGAGGACCAAUGCCAGGAAGGCCAACGCCUGGAGGGCCAACGCCAGGAGGACCGAUGCCUGUAGGACCGAUGCCUGGAGGGCCAACGCCUGGAGGACCAAUGCCAGGAGGGCCAAUGCCAGGAGGACCAACGCCUGGAGGACCAACGCCAGGAGGACCGAUGCCUGUAGGACCGAUGCCUGGAGGGCCAAUGCCUGGAGGACCAAUGCCAGGAGGGCCAAUGCCAGGAGGGCCAGUGCCUGGAGGACCAAUGCCUGGAGGGCCAACGCCUGGAGGACCAAUGCCAGGAGGACCAAUGCCUGGAGGGCCAAUGCCUGGAGGGUCAACGUCAGGUGGGCCACUGCCAGGAGGGCCAAUACCUGGAGGGCCAAUGCCAGGAGGACCAAUGCCUGGAGGACCAAUGCCUGUAGGACCAAUGCCAGGAGGGCCAAUGCCAGGAGGACCAAUGCCUGGAGGGCCAACGCCAGGAGGACCAGUGCCAGGAGGGCCAACGCCAGGAGGGCCGCUGCCAGGAGGGCCAGUACCUGGAGGACCAAUGCCAGGAGGACCAAUGCCUGGAGGACCAAUGCCUGGAGGGCCAAUGCCAGGAUGGCCAAUGCCAGGAGGGCCAAUGCCAGGAUGGCCAAUGCCUGUAGGACCAAUGCCAGGAGGGCCGAUGCCAGGAUGGCCAAUGCCUGUAGGACCAAUGCCAGGAGGGCCAAUGCCUGUAGGACCAAUGCCAGGAGGGCCAAUGCCUGUAGGACCAAUGCCAGGAGGGCCAAUGCCAGGAUGGCCAAUGCCUGUAGGACCAAUGCCAGGAGGGCCAAUGCCUGUAGGACCAAUGCCAGGAGGGCCAAUGCCAGGAUGGCCAAUGCCUGUAGGACCAAUGCCAGGAGGGCCAAUGCCAGGAUGGCCAAUGCCUGUAGGAUCAAUGCCAGGAGGACCAAUGCCAGGAUGGCCAAUGCCUGGAGGACCAAUGGAUUUGGGGGUCUUGAUGUAAUAAGGGUCCUGAGCAGUAAAGCAGCUCCUGCAGCAGCGCCUCUGAACAGAUAACGAUGUCUGAAUGGGAGGAGAAACAAUACCAUUUUCCUCUGGACACUUUCAUCCUGCUUCUUUUAAUGAAAAUAAUCAGUUAAUUUAACCGUCUAACUUUUAAAUCUUGUGUCUUGUGCAACAUACUGUGCUUUUUAAAAAAUAGACACAAUUGUUCCCUUGUGAUUUGCAACAUUAAACUGCUUUCUGUUCAUCAUAAAAAAAACAUCAA